GGAAUUAGAAUAUGCGCAUCUGAGUAGAUGUCAAGAGUGGGACAUUUCUGACACAGGUUUCACCGCCAGGGCACACCUUGCAUCCGCUUGAUUGCACAACAGUUUUGUUUCCAGAAAACCAAAACAAAAAGCAGUUUUGAGUGGAGACAUUCUGUGCCAUAAUGUCAGCCGUGACUCCGGCCAAUGGGAAGGUGCAUUGCAGUAUCACUCCCAGCCUUCCAGCUGCCAGGCCUAACAAGGUGAAAACAGCCAAAGCCCUGGCAGAAAAAGCAGUCAAGAUGCAAAAAGUGUUUACUAUAGUGGGCCGCUAUCCUGUCAUCCGGGCUGGCUUACAGGCCAGAGGGUGGGUGGAACGUCAAUUGCCCAAUGCAGGCCAGGAAAGCGCUUCCCACCAGGGUGACAGGGAGAAGGAUGAAGAUGAUGGCACCGCUGUAGUAGAUAAUGCUGCUGGGAUAAAAGAUAGAGGAGAUGAAAGCGCAGAAGCGGAGAACAUUAAUGACAUAUACAGCCUCUUGUCUCGCCUCGUUCGGAAUGAAAGGACGUAUUUCUACUGGACCCCACGAAACGACUCUAUUGACUGGCGCACCUUACGCCCUGACCAAGUGACCAAUCACUACACUAACACUGGACCCUUUACCACCAAGGUGGGGCUCUGUGUCAACCUGCGUAAUCUGAAAUGGUUUGACACAGCGGAUCCCGACACCUUCUUCCCGAGAUGUUACAGGCUCGGGGCGGAGGAUGAGAGGCAUGCGUUCAUCGAUGACUUCAGGAGAACGGCAUGCAGUAGUCUGCUGAAGCAUGUGGUCGAGACCAGCACAAGGACAAAAGGAGCACAAGAUGAGAAGGACAAAGCUGAAAGCAACGCUCAAGGUCAAACCAGAAAUUCAACAUUCAGAAUUUUCAGCGCAGCAGUGAUCAGUACAGCCUUGCAUCAUUGUCAGGAGUUUCUGAACAUCUUAGCACACAGUGACAUUGAUGUGACCGUGAAGACCGUUGCCGCCGUGGAGGAGAAGCACUGGAAUCACUUUCUACAAAAUUACUACAUGGUUGUGCAUAAAGGUGCAUCCAUCAGAGGCAGUGCAGAGUUUGUGAGCCGCUGCAAGGCCAUGUUGGUCCGAAUGCAGGAAGUUUGCCCUCAGCUGGACAUUGAUGGAGUCAAUAACAUCUGGAUUAUCAAACCAGGAGCAAUGUCAAGAGGAAGAGGUAUCGUUUGCAUGAAUCGUCUAGAGGACAUUUUAGCGCUGGUGGACUCUGACAGAGCCAUGGUGAAAGAUAGCAAGUGGGUGGUUCAGAAGUACCUGGAGCGCCCCCUGCUGGUCAAAGGCACCAAGUUUGAUGUGCGGCAGUGGUUCCUCGUCACCGACUGGAACCCACUGACCGUCUGGUUCUACAGGGAGUGCUACCUGCGCUUCUCCACUCAGCCCUACUCCACAAAAAACCUUGAUAGCUCGGUCCACCUGUGCAACAACUCCAUCCAAAAGCACUUCCAGCCAUCACGUGAGCGCCACCCAAGCGUGCCCAAGGACAACAUGUGGUCCUGCUCUGACUUUAAGACAUUUCUGCAGCAGCAGGGCCGUGAGUCCAAGUGGGAGACCCUGGUGGUGCCGGGCAUGCAGCAAGCUGUGGUCCACACCUUGCAGACAGCCCAGGAAAAGGUGGAGCACCGCAAGGCAAGCUUUGAGUUAUACGGCGCUGACUUUAUGUUGGGCAACGAUCUGAGGCCUUGGCUUCUUGAGGUCAACGCCAGUCCCACCAUGGCCUGCACCAGUGUGGUGACGGCUCGCCUCUGCCCCUCCGUGCAGCUGGACACUCUGAGGGUGGUGCUGGACAGACGAAACAACCCUAACGCCUACACAGGAGGCUUCCAGUUGAUCUACAAACAGCCUGCAGUAGAACCUCCGCAGUUUUUAGGCGUGAACUUGUUCGUGGAAGGAACACACAUCAGGAGACCUAAACCUACAAUUCGCAGACAAAGACUUGCUUCUGCGAGGCCUUGUUUGACCCAGUCCUCAAGAGUCCACACUUCUCCAGAGCAGAGCGAAACUACGACAACGAUGCCAACAAGUGUACGUCGAACCAACAUAUGUGAGAGCACGCAACAGCCCAGGAGUUUGCAAGAGAAAAGGCAACCAACACCACCCUCUCCAAGGAGGGACCAGCAGAAAAGGACAGAGGUCCACAGUGUCAAUGUGGUGUUUGAACAACGUGUGAUAGAGAGCCACAGUGAACCCAGGAGAAGACCCCAACGUUUGUGUGUGCGUCGUGGCGGCAGCGGGGCUCCACCAGCCCUGCGGAACUUCUCCGCAGAAGGUGCCACAGUCUCGGUGAUCAAACAAGCCAGGAAAUGA